UAUUGAAAUCCGGGGUUAACAAUUUUACAACGUGGACUGGCACACUUAGAAUAUUGUAUUGACGAGUUUAUUUAUUUGAGUAAAUUACAAGAGAAAUAUUAUUUAUAAAUUAGGGUUUAACAGUUAUUCUAUUUUUAUUUUGAUUACUUAAGUUCAGUUUAAUUCUAAACUCGAUGAUAAAUAUAAAAAUUUUGAACAAAUUUAAUAAUAAUCAUGUCACAAGGGCCAGCAUUAAUUUGCAAAUUAUUAGCAUCAUCUGUAUCAGUAACUCAUAAAGCUGGUAAAAUAAUUCGUGAUGUUAUGUUAAAAGGUGAUUUAGGAAUAAUUGAUAAGGGUGAAAAUGAUUUACAAACUGAAGCUGAUAGAUCAGCGCAACGGUGUAUAGUAGCUUCAUUUAAGAAUUUGUAUCCCAAUAUUAAAAUAGUGGCAGAAGAAGUUGAUAAAUCAAGUUCUAAUCUAAAUGUUCCUGAAGAUUGGUUAAUAACUGAACUAGAUUCAAAUAUCCUAAAUUUGCAUUGUCCACCAGAAUUAAGUAACAUUAAAGAAGAUCAAAUAACUAUUUGGGUUGAUCCAUUGGACGGAACUUCAGAAUUUACAAAAGGUCUAGUUGAUCACGUUACAACAUUAAUUGGUAUUUGUGUGGAUAAUGAUGCAGUUGCUGGUGUAAUUUAUCAACCAUUUUGGCAAAAUAAAGGACGAGCAGUAUGGGGAUUAGUUGGCCAUGGAAUUGGUGGUCUUGAAAUAAAAGAUCCACCUACAAAUAGAAAAGUAUACGUGACUUCUAGAAGUCAUUAUGAUAAAGCUAUUGAAACAUUUAUUGAUGGAUUAAAACCAUGUGAUGUUAUUAGAGCUGGAGGUGCUGGAAACAAGGUUCUUUAUGUUUUGGAAGGAAAAGCCCAUGCUUAUGUUUAUCCUAGUGCUGGUUGUAAAAGAUGGGAUACAGCAGCACCAGAAGCUGUAUUGCGAUCAGCAGGUGGAGAAUUAACUGACAUGUAUGGGAACAAAUAUAGCUAUAGCAAAGAAAAUGAAAAAGAUCCUUUGAAUAAACAUGGUGUUUUUGCCACUUCUCCAAAAUAUAAUCAUACAGAAUUCAUGAAAUUGAUAAGUCAUAUCCGAUCAAAAUUAGAUUAGUUUAUCAAUUAAAUCAAAUGAACUCAAAAUAAUUUGUACAAUAAAAUUUAUUUUAAAUAUUGAUAUUCAUAUUUUAAUGUUUAAGAUUUUUAUAGUUGAUAUUUGACAAAAUCACACAGCUUUUAAUAAACAAUUUUUUUUUUUUUGUAAAAUUUUUACUCAUUUAUUUUUAUAACUUUAUUAUAAAUAUUUGCAUUCAUGUGUAAUAUAGUUUGAAAAAUUAUUAUUUUUGCUUUGAAA